GCCCUCUGGUACGCCUUGUACUGGCUCCUCGCACGCCACAUCCUGACCAGUGACUGCAGGAGGACGCUAGCUCUCACGGGCCUCACAUACAUUGCCAGCGCCCUGACCCUCCUCUCCUCCAGCCCCCGGAAGGAGACCCGGCGCCACCACCUCUGGAUCAUCAGCACGCAGAGCGUCGCUUGGCGCACCGUUCGCCGGGUGAGCACCCCCCGCCACCACGACUGGAUGGCAAUGGCGGAUUUCCAGCUGGGGUCCUUCUCUGGUGCGGGAGCGAGAGCAGGAGAGAUCGCUUUCUGCUGUGAAGAGAAGGCAGGAAACUGUCUGUCGCUACGGGAGAGGCAGCCACAGAAUAGCAUCCAUCUCUCCAUUGAGUCAGAAACACUGUGCAAACUUGGGACGUAACAUCUGGUUUCCCCCGUCACUCCUGUGUGUGUAAUGAUCUCAGCUACAGGCCACCAGCAGAGUCUGAACGCAGGGCCUUCUGCACUAAAGCUCAGACUUCUAUUGCUUGAGCUAAAGGAAAAGCUCCAUUAGCUGACAGCAGUUGUAGGCUGUUACCUUCUAUGUGGUCUAGCCCCUAGAAGGGGACAUGACACCCACUUUAUGUUUAUUGAACACCUUUUUGCCCAAACAUAGGUGUCCAUGUAGGCCUUAAAUGGGCACCUAAGAGACCAGCCAAAACUAGCUGCCUCAUUGGGGUUGAUCCAACCGAGCAACCAAUCAAAGGUAGGUGAAGCUGCUGACACAGUACCAUGCGCACUGACACUUCCAGGGUGGCCCUAUAGGGACUUAAAAUACCAGCCUGAGCCUGCAGGAAGGGUCUCCAAUGCUUGCGGGGUGAGCUGUUGUUUUGGCUGGCCGUAGUCACUGGAGAAGGUGGAAUCCCACUAGGCCUGUUGGGGGAGAUGCUGGGAGGGCGUUGGGGCUGUUGUGGCUCUCAAGGAAUGUCCAGGCCUGCCUCUGUGCUCUGCAGUGGGAGGAGUGGAAAUGGAGAACCGGGGCCAGCUUUCCGGGCCUGGCAGAAAAAGACCAUCACAGAGAACCAGAAGGAUUCCUGGAGCUGUGCAGAGAAGAGAGGCUGCCCCCAGUCAGGCUCCCCCUGAAAUCUGACCCGGUUUUCCCAGUUCCACUGGUCAUGCUACAUGUCCUGGCACUGGCCAUUCAGCUCUUGCCAGCUUUUGCCUAAGCCCCCUUUGGCUUCCAGAGCAGGGGGAUGUCUUUAAAAGUGAUAUGAAGGGCACCGUCGGGGGGCAGAUCUGUGCUGGGUGACACCCGCAGCCCCCCUUGAGCUGUGCCUGGGGGUUUUCAGUCAAAAGAAACCCCGCCUGCGAGAUGAAGGAUACUCACAUCCAUAGCUGCUGCCUGGUCUGGAGCACCCAGCUGCUGCAGGGAGUCUGGGGCUGCCGAGAGCUGCCUCUGAGCACCAUCCCCACCUCCCAGGGCAGGGUCUGUGACCAUGCAGUUCUUCAGCGCCUUGGCAUCGGGCUUCUUCCUGGGGCUGCCCUCCAGAGCCUUCACGCCCGCCACGGAGGAAGGAAAGAGAAGAGCUGCUCAGCGUAAGGAUGAGAGGGAGGUCUCAGGGCUGACGGCUGCAGCCCAGCGAAGAUGAAAAGUCCCCACCACCCAUCAGUGAGGCUUCCCCUCAUCAGCGCCUGCCAGUGUUAUCCUGACUUUCCCCGAGCUUGUCAGGGCUCUAAAAGAACAGGUGUGGGAGCUAGAGCCAGGCAGACCAGGUGUGCUGCCGUCUGCCUCAGAGACAGGUGUAACUGAGAGCAGAGGCUGGCUCCUAGAGACAGGCGGACGUACACAGAGACAGGGGGAGACACGGGACUGCCCAGCCAGGAUCAGACUAGUGCACCAGUGAAUCCAGGGGCUGGUGCCAGCUGCUGCAGAGGACGGUGCAAUGGGCAGUUAGGGGAUAACUUGCCACAGGGGGAGAGAAAUCCAAUCGCAGGGCUUGGCCUGGCUGCAUUGACUUUGGUGGGCAUAGUCUACAGGCGGCAACCCCUGUUAUUCAGUUUAGUUGCAAGUUUAUUCAUUAGCGCCCUCAUCAUCGAUGGCUUCGGCUCUUCUGCAGUCAGAGCAAUCGCACCGCACCUGCAGUGUUGGUCCCAAAGGCUGGUACCAGACACACUUAGAAUAUCUCUCCAUCUCCUUUCCUGGUUUGGGUGGAAACAUAACCCUUCUGUGAUCAGCCUCUUUGCUCAGGGGUGAGGGUGGUUUGAGGAGAACCAGGGAAUUUAAUGCUGGAGAGUUGAAUGGAAUGGAAGGGGAGUGAAGGCAGGCAGUGGACCCCAUCCUGAACAAGAGAUUGCCUCACUGAGAGUGAGGAGGUGGAUGGAGUCAGUCAAUCCUAGGCUUCUUCUCCACACCAACCCUAGGUUUCUCCUCCAGUGGAUCACCCAGCUGUGUCCUGAGAGAGCUACUCUCUCCUAGCAGGGGAGGGGAAACCUGCUCCCCAUGGUUUGCCAUCCUCGGCUUCUCCCUUUGCCCCCAUUACCCAUAGUUUCUCCAGAAGAUCUACCACAUUCUGCCCCAAGAGACAAUCCUCUCCUCAACAGUGGGCUUGGGGAAGGGAAAUGGUGCCUAUAAAGGGAUCUGUGGCUAGGAAGUUUCUACUUCUAGGGUUGAUAUUAUCCCCCUCAACAGCCAGAUAUAAGAGAGCGUUAUCUGUGAGUAAUGCACUCCGUACGGGAGGUUUGUUUUUUCAUGCCCCCAUCAGGCACCUUGCAUCUCAGGAGAGGACCACGUUUCCCUGGGAUGGCAGUUCACCUUCAAGCAGCUGCGGGUCCUUUAGGACACUAGCAUCAGCACCCUGUGGCGAGAGCUGUGAUGUUACAAUGGACACCGACAUCGCCAGUCAAGCUGGUCAACCCAGGUGGCCAACCUGCUGCGACUCUUCCAGAUCCCGCAGAUCAGCUAUGCCUCCACCAGCGCCAAGCUCAGUGACAAGUCUCGCUACGACUACUUUGCCCGCACCGUCCCGCCAGACUUCUACCAGGCUAAGGCCAUGGCCGAGAUCCUGCGCUUCUUUAACUGGACCUAUGUCUCCACAGUGGCCUCGGAGGGUGACUACGGCGAGACUGGCAUUGAGGCCUUCGAGCUGGAAGCCCGGGCCCGCAACAUCUGCAUCGCCACCUCCGAGAAGGUGGGGCGCUCCAUGAACAAGAAGACCUUUGACGGAGUGAUCAAGGCCCUCCUGCAGAAGCCUAGCGCUAGGGUGGUGGUGCUGUUCACCCGCAGCGAAGAUGCCCGGGAGCUACUGGCAGCUGCGCAGAGAAUCAAUGUCUCCUUCAUGUGGGUAGCCAGCGAUGGCUGGGGUGCCCUGGAAAGUGUGGUGGCGGGAAGUGAGUUGGUGGCGGAGGGGGCCAUCACCAUUGAACUGGCGGCCUACCCCAUCCAGGAGUUUGCCAUCUAUUUCCGGAAUCUCAACCCCUACAACAACAGCCGGAACCCCUGGUUCCGGGAGUUCUGGGAGCACAAGUUCCAGUGCAGCUUCCAUACCCAGGACUGCAGCCGGCACUCGCUGAAGACGGGCAAGUUCGAGCAGGAGUCCAAGAUCAUGUUUGUGGUCAAUGCUGUUUAUGCCAUGGCCCACUCCCUCCAUAACAUGCACCAGGCAUUGUGCCCCAAUGCCACCAAGCUGUGUGACUCCAUGAAGCCAGUUAAUGGCAAGAGGUUCUACAGGGACUUCAUGCUCAAUGUCAAGUUUGAUGCUCCAUUCAGGCCAGCAGACACCAAAGGCAUCGUUCGAUUUGAUCGCUAUGGUGAUGGAAUCGGUCGUUACAAUAUCUUCAACUACCACAGAGCGGAUGGGAGAUAUAGAUACCAGAAGGUGGGCUACUGGGCAGAAGGGCUUAUCCUGAACACCACCCUCAUCCCCUGGGUGAAGACCUCUGUUCCUGUGUCCCAGUGCAGCGACCCCUGCAAGAAAAAUGAAAUGAAGAGCAUGCAACCGGGGGACAUGUGCUGCUGGAUAUGCAUCCCAUGCCAGCCUUACGAAUACCUGCUGGAUGAAUUCACCUGCAUGGACUGUGGUCUAGGGUACUGGCCCAAUGGUACCCUGAAUGGCUGCUAUGAGCUACCACAAGAAUACAUCCGCUGGAAAGACGUUUGGGCCAUUGGGCCAGUUACGAUCUCUUGCUUGGGUUUCCUCUCCACCCUCUUUGUCUUUGGGGUCUUCAUUAAGAACAAUGACACUCCCAUUGUGAAGGCCUCAGGCCGCGAACUCUGCUACAUCCUCCUCACUGGGGUCCUGAUGUGCUACAGCAUGACUUUCAUCUUCAUUGCAAAGCCCUCCACCGAGGUCUGCACCCUGCGGCGCUUGGGGCUUGGAACCUCCUUUGCGGUCUGCUACUCCGCCCUCUUGACCAAGACCAACCGGAUCGCUCGGAUCUUCAGUGGGGUGAAGGAAGGGGUCCAGCGCCUGCGCUUCAUAAGCCCCACCUCACAGGUGGUCAUCUGCAUGGCCCUCAUCUCCUGCCAGAUGAUCAUCGUCAUCAUCUGGCUCAUGGUGGAGACCCCCGGCACGGGGAAGGAGACGGAGCCUGACAAAAGGUACAUUGUCACCCUCAAGUGCAACAACCGCGACUCCAGCAUGCUCAUUUCACUGACCUACAAUGUGCUGUUGAUCAUCUUGUGUACAGUCUAUGCCUUUAAGACCCGGAAAUGCCCUGAAAACUUCAACGAGGCCAAGUUCAUUGGAUUCACCAUGUACACCACGUGCAUCAUCUGGCUGGCCUUCCUGCCCAUCUUCUAUGUGACCUCCACCGACUACCGUGUGCAGACCACCACCAUGUGCAUCUCCGUUAGCCUCAGUGGCACCGUGGUUCUCGGCUGCCUGUUCGCCCCCAAACUCCACAUCAUCCUCUUCCAGCCCCAGAAAAACGUCGUCAGCCUCCGCGUGGCCACCAACCGGUUCAGCGUGACUGCAGCAAGCUCCAGCCACUCGCACGGGUCGGCCUCUCAGUCCGUCCCCACAGUGUGUAACGGCCGCGAGGUCGUGGACUCCACGACCUCGUCCUUAUGAAGCGCCCCGUGGCCCCAUGGGCACGGGCAUGGUCCCCAGCACAGAACCCCGCACGAAGGGGCAGGCCUUUUUCGUUCCCGUUGGGCCUUUUGUUUCUCAAAGCUGCACUCCCAGCUGCUCGCCGAUGCUGUCUUGCUUGCUGGGCCAGCGUUCCCCAAGGAGAGGUGCUGUCACGUGAGAACUGGGUGCCCCCUUCUGCUGCCCUGCUCCCCCGGCGUCAGCUCAGAAAAACACAACCCUGCUGGGGCGGUCGUGAUCGUACUGAAUGGACCCACUGGGGCAUGGAGGAACCAUGCCCUCUCCCUGGGGAGCCAGCACUGAGCCAGGUGGAUCCCCUGGCAGGUCCACCCUGUGUUACCUCUUGCUGGCCAGAUUACCAGAGAGAGCAAAACCCAAGCAUCUGUACCUCCCCACUUCUCUCUGCCCUGGAAUAGGGUCAGGGGAAAGCCCACAGAUUCCCACUGGCUGCUCCGAUCUCCCCCUUCCCCUCCCCGCAAAGGAAGCAGGACCCUCCCCCCCUUGAAAGAGCAAAUACCAAGGGGUCUAAGGUGCUAUGGCUUGAAGAGAACAGACAGGCCCUUCUCAAAGACCACGCUGCCCAGCGACGCUGGGAAGGAAUUCAGACUGAACUAGCCAGGGGGCUCGGGGCUGCUGCUGAUUUUGCCAGGAGAUCCCUGGUUGGAAUGCGAGCCCCCUGCCUCCUCUGAGUUGAGAGAGACUCACUUUGAAAUGGACAAACAGGUGCUUCCAAAUCAGAGAUUUCUGAGCAGAGAGCUCGCUGGGGCUGACCCCAGGAACCUGGGCUGAACCCAUGAUCCUCCUUCUGACGCAUUACCUGACUUGGCUAGAGGGACUCUACCCAGGGUUGCCUCAUGUGCGGGACUGUAGGGUUUUGUUUAGCAAGGACAGUUGGGGACGGGCACAGUGGCUAGCCAAGGAGCAGGGAUAGGGUGAGGGGCCCCUGGGAACCGGGGUGAAGAGUGGCACAGGAGGGCUGCCCUGUCAGUGCCUGGUGUGGGACACUGACAGAGGAGGGUAGCAGGGGCCUGAAACAACUUCUACAAGUGGAGAAAUGAUGAUGUAUGAGAACAGAGGGAGAGACCUGAAAAUAGGGGGCCAGCCAGACGCAGAGAGCGAGUGAGGAUCCGGCAGCCUGCAGCUCUGGGGAUGACUUCAGGGGAGCUGUGUGUCCUGCCCCGGGAGACUGGGCCUUUAGGGUGAAUGAGUCCCACAACACAGAGAGCAGGGAGGAACCAACCCCCAACACAUGCUUCAGGCCCGCUACCCGGGAGGGUGGGCGCAGCUGCUGCUCAGGGGGCGGGGGAGAGGGGGGCACGGCCUGCUGCUCCCCACUUCCACAGGGGUUUGCAUCUGUUGUGUGCUGGAGCCAUUGACCAUGCAGCCUCGUGUCCAAAGGUGCUCCCCGCUCUUUGCCCCUACAGGCAGCAAGAAAACAACAUUCCCACUGCAUUAGGCUGCCCAAGGGGCCAUUCCCCCAGAAUGCCCGCAUGCCCUUCCUGAGCGGCAGGAUGGGGAGGGGUCGGUCUGAUUCCAUGGAGGGCCAGGUGCCUCAGAUCACUCCCAUUCCUGACCCCGCCGGGAGCAGCCUGACCAUGACAUCGCCCAGCAACCAAAGUUGCCCGAGUGCUGGUGCAGCAGCAAAAGCAGCAAUAAACCAUCUGGCUCUGUGCUUCACAGCUGCCAAACGCUCCGGCGGCAAAGCUGCUCCCCUGCUUUGCUGCAGUUUUCUUGGCACCUUCAUCCACCGAGAGCCAGCAGGUGAGUGCAAAAGGUACCACUCUUGUCCAGAGCUGCUCGGAGCUUUUCAAACAGCGUCAUUUUGCUCCCAAAAUUGCCUGUUUUUGCUGUGAUGCAUAAAUCGGCCCAAGAGACGUUUUUUUUUUAACAAUGCUUUUCCCCCCCCAAAAUUCAAAAUAUCAGGUCUCAAUAUUCUUGUUGUUGCUGGAAGACAACUAGUGACAUUGCCAGAGCCUGGAAGAGGGGAAAGCAGGUUCAGUGAGGGUCUUUAAAACCCUUGUUAUAUUUAUUGUAAGUCCCCACUUAAUUCUAACCCCUGACAGACCCUUGGGAGAAAAACACUCUUUGUGAAAGGCUCAGCAUGCCCCAACCUUUCAACUGAGGGCUGAGAAAGCUGCCAUUCAGGUUCUCCAUUCCUCCAAGGAGUUCUCCAGCAAAAACAGGGACAUCAUCAUAAUCCUGAUUACUAAUCAUCAAUAUCCCACUCGUACCUGUCGGAAGACAGGAUACUGGGCUAGAUGGACUACUGGUCUGACCCAGUGUGGCCGUUCUUAUAUAGCUAUUCUUGAGAUUUGUAAGUGGAAAAAACAAGCAGAGACAAAUCCUUACAGGUCUUCUUUAUGUGUCAAAAAGAAUCAAACCCAAAACAUUAGAGCCCGUCGCAGAUACAGAAUUUGUAUCCACAUCUGAUCCGUGAUCCACAAAAAUGGUUUGCAGGUAUCCAUGGAUAUGCAGGACUCUACAAAAAAUCCCCCAGUUUUAAUCUUUAAAGGAAUACACUAAAGUACAUUUCACACUGAAUUAUGUUACCCAUUAUGGUUACAAGUGACUCCUAGGAUCAGCGUAAAGAAUCAAAAAUUGGUGUCUGUUUUUUUCAGUAUGUUUCCUUUUUACAUUUGACAGCACUUUGUGUAGAGUUCCCCUCCUUCCCCACCCCAUAUGUAUAGUUAUUUUCCUGUUGUUUGUGUGGGUCUUUCUCACAGCCCCAGGGAGACAUUUAGAAGGAGGAAAAUGGGAUUUUUCAAAAGUCCCCAACCUUUGUGGAGGGACACAGGUAAAUUACUUGUAACUAUUUUUGUUACUCAGUUAGAUUUCAAGUUGAUGAGGUCCCUGGCAUGAUGAGGUGAGCACCUGCCCUCUUGCCCAUUGGCUUGGAUGGCUGAAAUAGGACAUGCAAGGCAGUGCUCAGAGGAGAGAGACAGGAUGAAGUUAUUGGCACAACAAUUUGGAUCCUUACUGAGAAUUUGCUAGUGGUUAAUUUCACAGCAAUGGAUCUUCUGCCUUUCAAAUGCAUUCAGAUGCUGAGCUGCUCUUCCUGUGUCUCAAAUGACAUCAUUAGCCAACACUUCCUGUUAGGAAUUAUCAGUAUCAAGGCCCUGGCAGGCUGGGUAGUGCUAAAGAGGUCACACCAGUAUUUUUCAGCUAAUUGAUGGAAAAAUCCGUGUUUACUGUAGAACUAUAGAAGUAUUUAAACCAGGUGAGUUAUUAGUUAUUUAAGCAAACGUGCUGCUGCUCUCUCUUAAGAGUUUUCUGUGGGUCUCACCUUUUUUCACAGUAGCCCCAUGAUGUUGGUGCUAAGCGCUAGAAUUCCAGUGUUCGUCGCUGUGCCCAGCCCUCAGCCGUGACACUGUGCCAAUGUCCUGUCCUUCUGCCAAUGCCCCUUCCCACCAUACCAUCCACUGCUCCAGCAGGACGCCUGUUAGCACCACGGCUCUUCCUGACGGCUGGACAGGCACUAGCAAUUAGCCUCCUGCUCCACUGCUUCUAGUCACUAAUCUCCCCCCACCGGGAGACAGCUGCGCAUUCCUGCCUUCUCCCACUGUACCCGUAGCCACUGGCACUCGAUGCAAGGGAGAUCCUGAAAACCAAAUGACAGGCUGGGCUGGGCAAUAUAACUCUGUAUCUCGUGGUGUUUUUUUAAUUUUUAUAAACUAUUUAUUGGAAGGAGCCUUUUGGCUGGAGAGAAAACUAUAAUAAUUAGCCGGCUGCUAAUGAAAAUGUACGUGUUCUUUGGCCCUUGACUAGGAUUAUUAUCAUUGUGACACAUGUAUUACAAGCCAAGCGAGUUUUUAAGCGUAGAUCUUUUUGUGACCAAGUUUGUGGUUUUUGUAAUUUAUGUAAAUAAAGUGCUUUUUUUUUUAA